AUGUCGACCACCACGCCCGGUGGCGCUGCAGUCCCCGCGCAGGUCUCGGCGUCGCCUUCGGAGGACAGCACGAAAUCCUCGGCGCCAGCGUCCAAGCUGCGCAGCUGCGUCGUCUGUCGCAGCCGCAAGGUCCGCUGCGACAAGCUGUCGCCGUGCUCCAACUGUCGCCGCGCCGGCAUACCCUGCACCGUGGCCUCGAGCGACCGCCCCCCGCGAUGGGCGCGUCGUCUCGAUAAGCUGGCGGCGCGGCCGUCGGCGCCGCAGGAGAGCGAGCCGGCGGCCGGUGCUGUCAUGGAUCGGCUGCGGACUCUGGAGAAGAUGGUCAAAGACCUCGGCGCCGAGCUCGAGCAGGCCAACGCCGCGAAGAGCGGGGAUCGUCACGCGCCGUCUCCUGAUGGCGAUGGGCUCGACAGCCAGCGCCAUGGUUUGUCGGCGGCCCCUGCUGCUGGUGUCCAGCCGGGCAUGGGACGAAUGGUCGGCCAAGAAAAGGGGCGAAGCCAAUACGUUGGCAGCAGUUUCUGGACACGCGUCAGCGACGAGCUCGAUGCCCUCAAGGCAGACACGCAAGGUCUCGCUGGCGGCGAUUCCGAUGUCUCCGAGGACGACACGGAUUCUCCUGGUCAGACGGCGAGCACACGAGAGUCAGAGCGUGGUGCUUCUGAGCGCAACGGCCUUCUGUUCGGCCAUAAUCUUGGGCCAUCCGCCCCCGACCUCGGCCAAUUCCGCCCGCUUCCAUCACAGAUUCCCUUUCUCGUCGAUGUCUUUUCGGAAAAUGUCAACUUUUGCAUACAAAUCGUGCACAUGCCGGCCCUCAGAGACAUGAUCCGCGACAUGCGCGGUAAGAGCGCGGGCAGCAUCCCUCCGGCCAACGAAGCCCUCGCUUUUGCCGUCUACUAUGCGGCCGUCACCUCCAUGAGCGAAGAAGAUGUCGCCUCGAGCUUUGGCGCCGCGAAAGCAGAGCUCAACUACAAGUUCCGCCUCGGCCUCGAGCACGCCCUCGCGCGCGCCGACUUUAUCCGGCUGCCCACCGUGUCGCUCGUCCAGGCCUUCAUCAUCUUCCUCGGCCUCGCGCGCCGCCACGACAGCCCACGCUACGUGUGGAUGAUGACGGGCCUCGCGGCGCGCAUGGCCGUCGCCGUCGGCCUGCACCGCGACGGCACCCACUUCGCGCACCUGUCGCCGUACGAGGUCGAGAUGCGGCGGCGCGUCUGGUGGUGCCUCUGCCUGCUCGACAUCCGCGCCGCCGAGGACCAGGGCACCGAGUUCUCCAUCGCCGACGGCGCCUUCGACACGCGCAUGCCCAUCAACGUCGCCGACGCCGACAUGCGGCCCGCCAUGCGCGCGCCGCCCGUCGCGCGCGACCACGACACCGACAUGUCCUUCGCCGUCGCCUGCUACCGCACCUGCCGCGUCACGCGGCAGAUCAUGACGGCGCGCACGGCCGACGGCGGCCCCGACGCCGCGGCGCAGCACCGCCUCCUCGACGCCUUCCGCACCGACUUUGCGACCUGGGGCUUCAGCCACCACGUCAAGGACCUCGCGACGCUGGCGUACUGGGUCGGCUCGACGUCGACGCGCCUCGUCAUCGCCAAGCUGGCCCUCUUCAUCCACCUGCCGACGCUGCUGACGGCCGGCGACGCCGGCGUGUCGGCGCGCAUACGCAACGACGUGCUCGUGGCCGCCAUCGAGGUCGCCGAGUUCAACCACGUCCUCAGCGCCGACCCGGCGAGCCAGCCGUGGCGCUGGAUCGUCGAGACGUACACGCACUGGCACGCCAUUGUCUUUCUCCUCAUCGAGGCCGCGCGCCGCCCGUGGUCCGCCGUCGUCGAGCGCGCCUGGGUCGCCCUGCACAGCCGCUGGCUGAUCCCGGCGCAGCCCAAGGGCGACAAGAGCGCGCGCGUGUGGAUCCCGCUGCGGCGCCUCAUGCGGCGCGCGCGGCGGCACCGGGAUGCCGAGAUCUGGCGGCUGCGCGCGGACCCGGCUGCUGUCGAGGCGCUUCAGAGGCAGGAUGAGGAUGUUCCGGUACCCGUCAGCCCCGGGCCGUUCAAAGGCGGCGACAGCUUGGCGUUGUUUGCGAGACACUGGCGGGAUGUCGUCUCUGGGCCGCGACAGAGUGGCCAGGGUGAUCCUGCACGCUCCAUCGAGCGAGAUCACGCAGGGGCGAUGCAGUUUGCUUCGCCCUCACGACACGAUGAUUCGGGAUCUCAAUACGGUGAGACGCAAUUCAGUCAGCGGUUUCCAAGCCACGAAUACACGCAACGGCAUGAGAUUUUGGGGGUCUCUCACGACCAACUCGAUGAGAUGGGUCUACCAGUGGACUGGUCAAGGAAUGGCGCAUUGAGCCUAGACCUGACCCCUGGGUCGUGGGAUAUGGCAGACUUUGAGCAAUUGGGAGGCGCUGACAUAGACAUGAAUGGCGAGGAAAGUAUGAAUUGGGGACAGUGGCUGGAAUCUGCCACACUGAUGGAGAUGGAUAAUCUGUGA